AAAACAGAAAAAAUCGAAUGUCGAUUUUCAAGGGUGAUAUAUCGAUUCAGUGAAUCGACACAGUACUUCAUAUCGAUUUAAAAAAUCGAUAUUUUCUGCUCGAAAAAUCGAUUCUUCGAUUAAUCGAUCUCAGAUCGCCAUCCCUAUUCAUUAUCCAUGUUGUACAUUCCUAUAUUUUUAUUAACGUUCUUUUGAAUAAUAAUAUAAUAAAAGAUAUAUUAUUCUAUCGAUAAUCAAAUUAAAACCGACAAUUUAAAAUGGCAUCUAUGGUUACGUCUUGGAGUCCCGAUAAAAAACAUACUGACGUGGAAAGAUGGAUAUGUAUAUAUCCUGCCUAUAUAAACAGUAAGAAAACUCUAGCCGAAGGACGCCGUUUACCGAAGUCAAUUUGUGUUGAAAAUCCCACUUACCAAGAGAUGAGAGAUGUGCUUUUACCUUCAGGAUUACACAUUGGUGUGGAAAAUAAGUUAUACCCACGCGAACGUAGUAAAGAAAUAUUAUACAGAGGAAGACUAAGAGUGGAAAUUAAAAAUGAUGAUGGUACACCUAUCAAGCCAGAAUUUUCAACUAGGGAAGAUGUGAUGAAAUAUCUAGUGGACACAAUUCCUAAACUUAAAACUAGACAAAACAGACCAGCUGAACAGCAACCCCAGCCUGCACUGCAAGCAAUAAAUAAAAGCAAAGGAAAGAAAGGCCGUCGAUGAUUUCACUAUUGUUUUAUUACAUUUUAAAUAUAUUUUAAUAUAAUGCAGU